CUUAGCAACGCUCACCGUUGAGACCCACUGGCCUGCCACAAACUGGCCGUCGCUGCCCGGAGAACCGACGGUCUCCAGAGUGGUGGAACCGAGCCUUUUGGUCACCCGCGACAGAUAGGCGAGACGACAUGAUCCGUCAGAAGUCCAGGCAGUCCUUGGGACUUAGAACGCGGUCCGAGUCUGAACAGCCCUCCGAGCUGCUGCGGGAACCUGCCAGUUGCCCCAGCUCGGCCGAGUUGCGCAGGCGGACGGGGACUUGCGUGAAGACAGAAUCGGAGACCCUGUCUUCGGCGGCAGCAGACGACGAUCCCGCCGCCAGCUUGUUUCCGCCACCCUUACCCCAGCCCCGGAUCUGCAUGUGGAAGUACCUGGACAUCCAUUCCAUGCACAGGCUGGAGAAGACAGCCAACACUGAGGAGAUGAGGAAGGUGUUGGCAGAGCUGCUGGACCUCAGCUAUCCUGAGCAGAGCCUCCGAGAAGCCAUCACACUGGACCUCUUUGCUCAUGCGCUCAUCUUCUGCCGCCAGCAGGGCUUCUCACGGGAACAGACAUCUGCAGCGUGUGCCCUGCUCCAGGAUCUUCACAAGGCCUGUGUCGCAACCCCUUUGGGCAAUGUGGAGGAAUGUUACCGCUACUUCACCAGCGCUCUUUUUUGCCAUGGAGUCAGGAGGCCCCCCUUCAGCAUCGAUCUCUUUAAGGAGGAACAGCUGCUGGCCUUUGCAGAUUAUGUGGUGAACACCUACUUCCGCCACUUUAAGCUCUACAAAUAUGUCUUCACACCCCAGGUGCGACUUGAUCUGUCUUUAACUUACAUGGGCCUACAGGCCCACACUCUCUCUCCAGAGGGUGAGACAGAGAAAGAAGGGGAGGCAGCAGUGGAAAAGCAGUCCGUCAUCCUAGAGGAGGAAGUAGAAACAGAAGCCGAGCCAGAGCAAGAGUCAAGUCACGUCUCUUUCCUCCGAGCUUACAUCAGGACUCAGCUGAACAAGGAGCUGGAGCAGCUCAAACAGCUGGUGGAAGACCAGCUCAAGGCCAGCGAGGAGAGGCUCAACAGCAAGUUGGUCACACUGGAGCGGCCCUUCCAGCUUCCUCCAAGCAAAGGGAAGAGCAAGACCAAGUGACUCAGGGUUUUC